AUGGGGACAGUGGUGUUGGUUUCAUUAACUGAACUGUCUAUAAUUCUAAUUAUUUAUAACAGUGCAAAAAUAUCAAAUGCGAAGCUUAUUGGUAUUGAUAAUCCGCACGGUAAUGGAUUCUCGCCAAUUAUUCCGAAGUCGAAUGUUCGUUAUUUUUCACCGCCGGAUAUUCCACUGCCAGACUUUAAUUACUUGAAAGUAUAUUCGCAGCAAAAUAGCGAUAAAAAAAUAAAAAUUGAGAGGCUUAGGGCACCGAAGAUCAGAUUCACUAUCCGGAAUCUUGGUCCCAAUAAAUCGCGUGAAGUAACAAAAAUUAAUAUUGAUGAGAAUGGGUUUUAUGGAAACGAAAGCUAUGAAACUUAUGAAGAAGACAAAAAAAAAGCACCAAAGAUACAGAAGCUCCAGUUGAUUUCCUCUGAUAUAAAUGAGGCUCUUUCAACAAGUUUGGAGCAUGCAAAACCUCAGGUGAAGGCGAAAUCUACUUAUAGCAAUGCAAAGGUUCAGUUUACGUCAGUACAACGGCUACUAAGCAAAUCAUCAGAAAUUGAUUUGAAAUAUGCAACUUCAAAGGAAAACAACGUAUAUACAAUUAAGGGAUCUAAACCUUACAUUACAACUUCAGCACCAAAAGUGGUAAGUGAGCUAAUUUUCCCGGUUCAUGAAUAUGGAAGCGAAUCAUUUGCAACAUUUAAACUUGAAGAAAAACCUUAUACUCAACCGUCUUCAUUAAAGCAAAUUCUAAUCCAAACUAAGACAUUUGAAAAGUAUGAACCAGAUCUACAAUCUUCUCAACAAGUGGACUAUGAAUCUUCAGAAUCGACGAUUUGCUUAUAUCAUUCAAUUGCUAUAAAACAUAGGAAAAAAUGGAAACUAAGUGAUGAAUCCUCAUUUGAUUUACUGUACUAUGGUAAAGAAUCGAAUGCAAAGUCUGGUUACGAAUACACAACCACACGAAACGUGAAGAACUCGCAAGUUACCGAAGCAAUGCCGCAGAUGCUAUAUGAACAUAGCAUAAUGCCUGAUUCAAAGUAUCCCGAAUUAGUGCCCUCUCCAAAGUUUGCAUCCGAUAUAGUAAUCCCAUAUACUAUAUCACCGGAAGGCCAACGUUACGAAAAUAUAUAUCCUCCAAUAUUAGAAGAUCCAUCUGCAGCUUCUGAAUAUCCAUUGGGUUUUUCGCUCAGUCCGAUUACAUUUGGCACAAUUGAGCCAGCCCUUUAUCCAAGUGCGUUAAAAUUACCACCAACACCACAAGUAAUUUCACCUUCUAAGCAAAACAACACAUUGCUUCAAACUUCAACAGCUAAGCACAUUGGGUAUCAGCAAAGAUUUUAUACAAUAUCGCCACAAAGUGCUCUCCUUACAGAGAGACCACAAGCAACUUUAAUACGGUUACCGGAUAAUUUAGAUGGUUAUUUGGAAUCAAGUUUAAGAUCGCCUGAUGAUGGCGCAGAGAAGCUCGAGGUUUUGCCUGAACGAAUCGGUGCCUUGGGAGAAUCACUAUCAAAAAUUGACGAACCAUAUGAAAGCGAGACAAUUGCACUGGUCGAUGAUAAUCGAAAUUUAUAUCGUGGUGAAGGAGGUGUUACGGAAGGAAAUAAGGUUACCAAAACUGGGGAAUCUUAUCAGAUAAUACCAAAUGAAGGUUCGGAACAUCCUUACGAAAAAAACAGUACAAAUAUUCUUCGAAAAAGAAUAAGUAAUAUUCUGCCACAAAAAGUUGAACCAUCGUUAAUAAUAAAGGAGCCGAUGAAUGAAGACGAAACGGAACGGAAAAGGAACAGUCAAUCUAUACAACCUCCUCCUUCAAACAUUGGUCGUCAACUCCCAUCCAUUGGCCAAUCGGCUCAACCGUAUCCAUUCAGCGAGACAUCUCGAGGCUUUAAUUUUCAAUUGGAACCACCGCAACAACAGAUUUAUAAUAAUGGCCCACAAUUGCCACCCAUAUCGAAUUAUUUGCCUUCUAUUUAUCCUAGAUCAUCACAUUUGCCAGACACUAAUACGAAUAUACCGUAUGCUAUGCCAUCUCUUCAUACACAAUUAUUGCCUUCGACGGGUUCAUCAUGCAUACCAACUCAUGGUACUCAAUGUGCACCUCCAGUCUCAUCUUCCUGCCCAUGCCCAUCUGCUUACACCUUACAGACUUUACCAAUACUAUCUUUAUGCCUUCCCCAGUGUCCACUCUACGGUUGUUGUUGUUGUCCAUCAAUGCUUCCUAAUUUGUGUAAACGGCGAAAACGAUCAAUUGGAUACCUUUUAGGUUUGUGUAAUUGA